GCGGUUGCCAUGGCGCCGCGUCCCCAGCGCGGGGCGAUGGCGGCGGGGGCGGGGGUGGGCGAGCUGGAGCUGCGGGCGGCCAUCGGCUUCAACGGGCAUAUACCCUGUGGCUUGAUCUGCCACCCUGAUAAGGAGCACAUUCUCUAUCCUCUGGGAUGUACUGUGGUUAUUCAAGAGCUGGACAGUAAGAAACAGACUUUCUUGCAUGGUCACACCAAUAAUGUCUCCUGCAUCGUCGUGUCCAGGAAUGGGAUGUACGUUGCUUCUGGACAAGUCACCUUCAUGGGCUUCAAGGCAGACAUCAUUCUGUGGGAUUUCCAGAGGAAGGAGUUACUUGCUCGGCUGUCACUUCAUAAGGGUAGAAUUGAAGGACUAGCGUUUUCUCCAAACAGCCUUUAUCUCAUGUCACUGGGAGGACAGGACGAUGGCAGCGUGGUUGUGUGGCAAGUUGGUAAGAGAGAGGCUGUCUGCGGGAGCCCUGCCUCGGCAUGCUGCGCAGGGAGUGCGACCAUCGUGGUGUGCUCCAGCUGCAGAGAUGAGAUAUUUGUUACCGCUGGAAAUGGGACCAUUCGAGUAUGGGAACUGGAUCUAGCAAAUAGGAAAAUCUGCCCAACUGAAUGCCAGACAGGGCAACUGAGAAGAGUGAUCAUGUGUGGUAAGAUGGCAGAUGAUGAUAAUUAUUUUUACGUUGGCACAUCAAGUGGUGAUGUCCUGAAAGUGAAUACAAACAACAAGCUGAUGACUGACUAUGGGCCCCAGAAGGAGAAGUUUAGCUCAGGAGUCACAGCUUUGCUUUUGCUGAAGACAGGAGAUUUAAUAGUCGGCACCGGAGGAGGGAUUGUAGCUCUCUGUAAAGGCUCAAACUACAAAGUAAUGAAGAAAAUUCAAGUUCAAGGUGCUGUCACUUCCCUGACAUGUAGAGGUCAGGGUCACCAGAUCUUUGUAGGGACAAAUGAGUGCCAGAUUUAUCAAAUUAACUACACUGCAUUUAAAGAGGAGCUGAUCACUGCCUGUCAUAAGGAAGCCGUCCAUGACAUCAUCUUUCCUUUGGGAACUUCUGACUUGUUUGCUACCUGCUCCAAAAAUGAUAUUCGGGUGUGGCACACCCCAAAAAACAGGGAGCUCCUACGAAUUGUCAUCCCCAACAUGACCUGCCAUGCCAUAGAUUUUAUGAGGGAUGGCAAAAGCAUCAUCUCAGCUUGGAAUGACGGGAAAAUCCGUGCCUUCAUGCCAGAGACUGGACGGCUAAUGUAUGUCAUUAACCAUGCCCAUAGCUUGGGAGUGACGGCAAUUGCUGCUACAAGUGACUGUAAACGAAUCAUUAGUGGAGGAGGUGAAGGGCAGGUGAGGGUCUGGGAGAUUGGUGAGAGGACUCACAAACUGGGGGAAGUUCUGAAGGAGCAUACAUCUGCUGUGUCCUGCAUUAAGAUUAAGAAGGACGACCGAGAGUGUGUCACAGCCAGCCUUGAUGGAACGUGCAUCAUCUGGGACAUUGUGCGUUUUGUAAGAAAACAAAUGAUUCUAGCCAACACGUUGUUCAAAUGUGUGUGUUACCAUCCUGAAGAGUACCAGAUAAUCACCAGUGGAACAGACAGAAGGAUUGGAUACUGGGAAGUGUUUGAUGGCUCUGCAAUCAGAGAAUUGGAAGGGUCUGUAUCGGGUUCCAUCAACGGGAUGGACAUCACAUCAGAUGGGGCAUACUUUGUCACAGGUGGUGAUGACCAUCUGGUGAAACUGUGGGACUAUAAUGAGGGUGCAGUGACUCAUGUUGGAGUGGGCCACAGUGGCAACAUCACCCGUCUCAAGGUCUGCCCUGGGAACAAGUACAUUGUAAGUGUGAGUGCAGAUGGUGCCAUCCUGCUCUGGAAAUACCCAGACUUGCACUAACAGCUGCUGGCCCAGGAGCUGCUGGGCUGCUACUUCCUCGGCCAGUCCUAGUGAUCCUUUCCUCUUACAGCUGAGGUUGUUUCAAAGCAUUUGUACUAUUAGAGGAGAUACUAUUUUUAUACUCUCUGGUAUGCAUUUACCAGAUCCUUCAGAUAUCCUUCCUAGCACUGAAUAAAUAGGUCUGACUUUUUCAGGGGGGCUAGGAAUCUGCUGUUCCUUUUAGAUUAGUGUGAAAGGAUUCAUCACUUCUUAAAAUCAUCUUGGCUGUUGUUAUAACACUUGCAUGUUGUUACUGCCACCUUUCCUGAUAGUCUCCUAGCAUAGUCUAUUUUUGUGGGCUCUCUCUUGCUUCCACGUGGUCUCUUUCUCUUCCCUACCCCCUUCUGUCCCUUCCUUUAAUGAAUAACUUGUUGUGUAAA